AUGAGCUCUAUUGAGAGUGAUGUUAUGGUUUAUAGCUUGAAGAAUGAUUCAUGGAGAAAGGCGGCUAGUCCUAGUGUUCCUUUCGAUUUUGAUUACCAUUAUGCGAAUUUUGUCUUUCUUAAUGAUGCCAUCCAUUGGGAUGGUGGUUUUACUUUUAGUGAGAAUGAAGCUAAUGAACCACGGCCUAUUGUUGCCUUUAAUUUAAGGGAUGAACGUUUUAGUACUCUGCCAAUUCCUAAUGUCGAUUCCAUGGACCUUGCUCACAUGUUCGUGGGAGUACUUGAUGGUAGCCUGUGUCUUUCUGUUAGCGGGCUGAAUAGUGAUACUGAUUUGUGGGUAAUGAAAGAGUAUGGUGCAGCUGGAUCUUGGAUGAAGUUAUUUUCCUUUUCCAAGAUCUAUGGUUACGGGGGAGUGGAGAGACCUAUUUGUUAUUCGAUGAGCUUAAAGAAAUUGUUUGUGCAUAUUACUUAUUGGCAGGUUGCUUCUGUUGAUUUGGAUACAAUGGAAAUUAGCAAUGUGAAGGUAGUUAAUUUUCCUCGAUGCACAAAUGCCCAUGUUUGUGUAGAGAACCUUCUUAUGCUUCGAGGAUAA